UACGAACGUUGCUUGUUUUUGUUUAUAUCGUUGAUUUCCCGCGCAUGCGCACUGCCUGGUUGGCAGAAGUAACCACGCAGCAUGGCAGAGUGUAGCGAUUCCGAUGUUAUUAUGCCUCAUGUUUCUAAUGUCAGUCUUUCACAAUAUGUAUUGAAUCUCGAUAGUAUAGCUAGAUCAAGGUAUGAAACAAAACUGAAAGUUCACCAGGGUACAAUAUCUUUGCCUGAUCCAUAUAAUAUUCCUCAGGACCAGUGGAUAGAAGCCAUGAACAAAUGGCCACCAGUGGAAUAUGCAGACAUGUACAACUACCUUGUAAACACCCCCGGCAUCUACACAAAGGAAGCGACGAGGGCCUACAAAUCACUAGACGGUUACAAUUUUUUCAUUUCGGGCCAUGUACAUACAUGUUUGUUUUAUGAUAUCGCUGAAGAUAGUCCAGUGUGCUUCAUAAAAGCAAGUGUUACCCCAUCACAGAGUGUCACCAAGAAACCACACGAGCCCUGGGUGUGUCUGGACAAGAAACAGGGAUAUGUGAUAUCAGCACACUGCACCUGUAUGGCCGGUUUGGGAGAGGCAUGCAGCCAUAUUGCUGCAGUCCUUUUCAAGAUAGAAGCAGGUGUUAAACUUGGUUUCAGCAAGCAAUCACGGACAAGCACAGCCUGUGUUUGGAACAGAUUUUAUAGAAAAGAGGUUACACCACAGCCUUUAAGAGAAAUCAACUUCAGUAGACACAAAAAAGGCAGCCUAAACAGAAAGCGAAUAACUCCACAGAUUGAAGUUGAACCAGUGAGAGCAGCUCUGAGGCAGCUGAAACAGAUAUUCCCGAAGGCGUGUGUUCUCACCAAAAAUGAUUCAGAUACAGACACUGCAUCUGAAGACGAAGAAAUUCCACAAUUACUUACUAGAUUCCACGAGGUGGAGUAUUCGAUUCUCACACCGCCGGACUUGCAAAAGAAGUGUGAAGGAUUUAUGAAAGAUUUUAAGCCAACGCAACACCAAAUUGACAACCUGGAGAAAAUGACACGGUCACAAGCAGACAGUGCUUUAUGGCAUCGACACAGAGGGAAGAAUAACGGCCACAGUUGCCCAUGAUA